CUGAUAUGACAAUUGACACUGUCAAAUUUAGAAAAAACAAAAGCGAGCGUGAGCAACAAUGGCAGAUCCCCGCAUCAGGCAAAUAAAAAUUAAGACUGGCGUUGUAAAACGCAUUGCAAAAGAAAAAGUCGUUUACGAAAAGGAAGCAGAGCAGCAGAAGAAUAGGAUACAAAAAUUAAAAGACGAGGGUCAAGACGAACAUAAUAUCCGAAAGCAGGAGGAAGUUCUGCAAGAGUCCCUUAUGAUGGUCCCUGACUGUCAGAGACGACUAAUGAAAGCAUAUACAGACCUUAAAUCAACACUGGAAACAGAACAGGACCUAAAAGAAAACGAAGACUACCAAACAGCAGAGCAAGUGCUGAAAGACGCUGAAGGCCAGCUGCCCGAAUCAACCUAAACCUAGCUUGUAUAUUUUUCUAAUAGUAUUAUAAUUAUAUUAACAAUCAUGGCUUAUUAUCGAAACUUUUAUAAUAUUUAUCAUGGAAGCAAUUCUACAUUCCAAAAUGAAUAUCCAAACGCAUUACCCACUCCUCCACCCCCUCCUAUCACGCCUUUUUCUUUAACGCCUAAUUUAUCUGAUCAAGAAUUCAUAAAAAAAUUUGAACGUCACAUAAAAUCAUCUUCUCACAUCAAGCCAAAAAA